AUGGCCACGAAAUCUGGUAGUGAGGAGAAGACUGAAGCGACCGAUGAGUUAAAAGUUGGAGAUGAGAAGCAAGAGAAUGUGGAAUAUGUGACGGUAGCUGAGACGGAAGAAAGCGAACGCAUUGAACUGCCACUGCUUCCCGAGGACAACUCCCUGAGCAUCAACACGCUGACACAUGCAUUCCCGGGUGCGCAUGGACUAAAAUACAAGAAUGCUGUGACCGGUGCAAGUCGAGCUUUGUUGUUAGUUCUUUUUUUUGCAUCAGCAACUUUUAAUAAUAUCUUUUAUGCGGCACUUUGUCUGACUGUGUAG